CGUCCUUCGAGUCACAUGCUGCUGCUUUCAGCUGCGCGGAAGCCAUGGUGGGAGUUUCUUCUGCAGUGGUCGGUGCUUCUGCCUCCUAUGGCGGAAUGGGCUUAUGGCAAUACAACCGGGACAGCUUCAUGUUCAACGCCAACGUGCACCAGGCGAAGCGAUUCCAGACCCAGAGCCUAUUGCUGGCAAGGACGGCUCUCUUUCGGGAAGACAUCCGGGACUUGGCGGCGCUGACCAUCAACAAGGUAGACAGCUACCUCAUUGUGAACACCCUGAAGUUGGGGUUCAUCGUGACGAUUUUCUUCAACUUCGAUCGCACUGACAAAGGGGAUUCGGCCAGGACCUUCAUUGAAGAGCAGGUCAACGUGAUCUUCUCGAUGACGCUUCUGACCUCCUGCUUUUGGCUGCUUUGCUCGGUUUGGUUUUCCAUGCACGCCGUGAUCCUGGCGCAAUCCGUCACCACCAAGAUGUUGGUCCAAACGCUGCGGAUGCCGCUGGCGGCGGUGUCCGAGCUGGAUCGAUCCAUGGAGCGCGCGGAGGACUACGAGGCCUCGCUGAGCCGGGCCUUCCGUGUGCCCUUGUGGCAGCGCAUGGCCAGGC